AUGCCCACAUCCGGCCACGCCCGCUUCCGGCCACGCCCACUUCCGGCCACGCCCCCAUCCUUGGGCCCCCUCCCCCCACACCCCCCCUUGCAGUUCCUGAUGGAAACAAUGGAUGGAGCUCCACAGCCGCCCCCCCCGCGUCCCCCCCCCCCCAAAUCCCCCCCGAUUCCGAAGUUCCCCCCCCCGCCCCCCCCGGAGCCGCUGCUUCGCUCCCUGGUGGCGCUCCUCCGCCCCACUGAAACCGUGGGGGGGGCACUGAGGCGCCUGGGGGGGGUCCUGGCUGCCGGGGGGGGGCGGCGCCGGGGGGCGGCCAGGAGAGGAGGGGGGGGGCAGCGCCGAGGGAACAGAGGCGGUGCCGGAGGUGGCAGCAGCGGUGGCGGCGAUGAGGGGGGGGGCGACGGAGGUGACAAAGGUCCCGAUGGUGGUCCCGGUGAGGCGGCGGUGAGCGCUCGCGCUGAGCUGGAGGCGCUGGUGGAGGCGGCGGACGCGCUGGUGGCGCACGGACAGCACGGCGUCUACGGGGACAGCAGGGAGAGACUGCAGCUGCGGCUCACCGCCCUCCGACGGGGGGCGCACAGCAGCGCAUCAGUGGGGCGCGGUGACGGUGACGGUGACGGUGACGGUGGCGGUCCCAGCCGUGCCCGAGCAGAGCCGAUAGACAUGUUUGCGGAGGAGGAGGGGGAGGGGGAACAGGCGGUGGAGGACCAACAGGCGGUGGAGGACCGAGCCCUGGAGGACCGAGGCCUGGAGGACCAGCAGGCCCUGGAGGACCGAGGCCUGGAGGACCGACAGGCCUUGGAGGACCGAGCCCUGGAGGACCGAGGCCUGGAGGACCAACAGGCCUUGGAGGACCGAGGCCUGGAGGACCAACAGGCCUUGGAGGACCGAGGCCUGGAGGACCAACAGGCGGAGGAGGUGAUGUGGGAAUACAAAUGGGAGGAGAGCGCCCGACUCUACGGCCCCUUCAGCAGCGCCCAAAUGCAGGCAUGGACAGAGCAAGGUUAUUUUGGGGGGGGGGUUUUGUGCCGCAGAGCCCGGAGCCCCCCCGGCCCAUUCUACAGCUCCACCCGCAUCGACUUCACCCUAUACACGUGACCCCCCCCCCCCCCCCCCAAAAUCGGGGGGGUGGGACCCCCAAAAUCGGGGGGUGGACCCCCAAAAUCGGGGGGGUGAAACCCCAUAGAAUGGGGGCUAUUAAAGCUGUGUCCCAA